UUAUUUUUUUCAUAAUUGGUUGCCUGGUAUGUAUUGAUGAAAUGAAAACAAUGAAAUUGGAAAUUAAGCUGAAUGCAAUAGAAAAAAUAAGUGCAUUAAAGUUACUCUGUUUAAUAUUUGCUUUUAAAAACCAGUGCUGAGAUGUUUUAAGUCCAAACAAAGACGCAUACUCUGUAGAAUAACAUUUUUUAAUUAUGGGCUGGAGGAACUAGAAUACUCAUUAUCUGAUCAUUUUGGAUUGGAAACAAUUUAGGUAUCCCAGGAGUCCAAGAUAUUGGGUCUCUCCCUCUGUCCUGAUAGUAUAUUUUGUGAUUAAUUGGUUUAUUGAAAAGUAAACUGCAGUAGAAAGAAGUAGACUGGGAAGGACUGGAACUUAGAAUACAGGUAUGAUCGUUAGACUGGAGACAAGGGACUGCAAAUCCACUUUAGUGCUAAGGGGAAAAAAAUCCCAGUCUGCCAGUGGAACACACAGGAGCACAGGGACAGGUAGCUGUGGAGGAAUGUAUGAGCACCUGGUAGCUGGGAGGUGCAGCAGGAGGAAACAGGGAAUCUAAUUUAACUAUUGGGAGGGUAAGGAGCAUUAGCAGACUGUGAUUUUAUUGUACAGGAGGCUCAUUAUCCACAUUAUGACAGGAAAAUAUUCACUCAUGACGUGAUCCCUUAUCCAGGGAAGAGUAGUAGAAAUUUAGCAUAUAAUCUACAAAAAAGCCCAGGAUGAAUGAUUCAAGUUAAAAUUAUUCAUAGCACUGUAGCUGACAAUAUCACAGUAAUCCUAGUGAUUAAUAAUAAAAAUGUAGGUGUGGUCCCUGGAGCGGGCCGCGUCGCGCCAUGAAGUUUUGGGCUAAGCUCGUGGAUGCGGCCUGUCUGAACAACUUCACGCGAGUCAGUAACAUGAUAGCCAAGCUUGCCAAAACCUGGACUCUGCGUAUCAGCCCGGAUAAGUUGAACUUCGUCCUCUCUGACAAGGUGGCCAAUGGAGGGGUGAGCAUGUGGUGUGAGCUGGAGCAGGAGAACUUCUUCAGCGAAUUUCAAAUGGAAGGUGUCUCCACAGAAAACAAUGCGAUUUAUUUAGAGCUAACAUCGGAAAAUUUAUCUCGAGCCUUGAAAACUGCCCAGAAUGCCCGAACCUUGAAAAUCAAGCUGACUAAUAAACACUUUCCCUGCCUCACAGUUUCUAUAGAGCUGGUGAGUACGACGGGAGCGUUUCUGAAACUUCCCAGAGGAUUCAAAAGUAGUUACAAGCCUAGGCUUUCUAACAGUAUGUGGAAAGCUAAUUGGUUUUAUUAAAGUGAAA